AGAAUGUAAAGAAGUCGACGAGCCGAGAGAGGGAAACCGCUUUGCCAUCCAGUUACUCCAAGGCAAGCUAAAAGGAAUGUUGAGCGCUGUGCAUCGUGAAAUCGUCGAGUCCUGAGCAUCCCUAAUCAUCCGUCGCGGAACAACACUGUCAACGAAGCGUCAAUGAUUGAACGCUCAGAUCGAGCAACAUGCUGCUGAAAGAUUUCUUCAUCGUCGUAUCCUUGAUCUACGUUACCGAAUGCGCGGCCCAAGUUUACAAGAGCCACUCGGCCGAGACAGCAGCAGUCAUCAAGCCGGCGGCAGCGGCGGCGGCGGCUGUAAACAAUGAUUUUAUUACACAGACGGUAUACGGCUUCUUGGAUUUCACCACCACCAUCGGCAACACCGUGAUGGUGUUCAGUCCGCAGAGCGCGCCUCCGGCAGACGUCGAAAAGGGAAAGAAGAGCAGCGUCUCGAUUAUUCAGACGAAACCGAGCGAAACGUCGGAAAAAGCGGUUCUCAGUAUCCAGCCGAGCAAAACGCACAAAAGCAACGCCGAGCAGGAAACGAAGAAGCAGACGAAAGGCACGAAGAUCGUCGUGAAUUCCGUGAUCGAGCAGAACGUGAUCAAUUCGGCGGAUGAGAAUAGAUUGAGGUCCCCGAAAAGCCAGGAACCGGCCACAAAGAGUCAGUCAACGACCGCCAGCGCGGCGGCGGCGGCGUCCUCGCAAGUGCACGCGAAGCCGAAGGACGAUGCACCGGCUGUGAAAAAUAACCUGGCCGAGCCCGAGUACGACUUCCUGUCGAAACAACCGGCGGAAGUGGUCGACGAGACCUACAAGUUGAUUAAUUUGAGGCCCUCUUCGAAGGCCCACGCAAAACCCAGGCCCACAGGCAGACGGGAGAAGGAGAAUCCCACGGGGCUGGUCACCAAGCUCGGCGGCACGAUCGUCAAGGAUGGCCUAACUACCGUCCACGAGACCAGCGUGAUCGGCACCUACAUAAACGGGAAGUAUGCCCAGGUGCUCCAGAGCUCCUCGAGGAUUCUGCAGGGCACGCCGCCGAUCCCCGAAGGUAAAAUACGGCCGUCCAGCACCCAGAGGAUCUUGAAGACCAUCGGGCCCCAGCAGGGGAAGCUGAAGCCGCAGUUGGAGCCAACGCCGACGAACCAACAGGAGGAGUCGUCGCUGCCGUUGGAGGUUUUGUUCAGCGCUCCUGCUGGCUCCACGGUCCGAGGUACACGUAAAAACGCGGCCCCGAACACGGCGCGGCCGAAGUUCCGCAACAAGAUCAACGAGGACUACGACAGCGGCGAGGUUCAGCAAACGAAACCGCCGAAGAACAGGAGCAGCACAACGCCGAGACCCGGCUACAAGAACCGGGUUCCGCCCACGACGACGACCGAGUCGCCGGUGCCGCGUAGGCGUACCGGCUUCCGGCCGAGCAACCAGCCGAGCCUGCCGUCGAAGCAGGCCCCUAAAUCGAAGGUGGAGCAGCAGCCGAUCAGCCCGAACUCCCCGCCGAAAUUGAAGCUCCCUAGGACACAGGGCCGCUGGUCCUACAAGACGACGCCGAAGCCUCGAGUGAUCAUCCGGAAGCAGAUCGACGACGACGAAGCGCGCUCGACGGCUGAGACGAGCACCACGGAGGGUCCUUUGAGCCUGGACGACAAGACCACCGCGGCCUCCGUGUUGAUCUCGACGACCACGACGGCCUCGUCGACGACGGGCCAGCAGGUAGUCGCUCAAAGGAAGAUCCAGGAGAUGGCGAGCGACGAGGAGCUGGACCCGAGCGAGAGCGAGGACGUGGCCAGCAUCAGCAUCCAGGAGCAGCACGCGGAACAGGUGCUUCCGGUCGAGACGAUCAACGUCGAGAUCUCCACGGCCGCUGACAUCAACAACGCGUACUUCGAGAUCGCCACCAUCAAGUCGCCGUACACGUUCCAGGCGGGAACCGUGAGGAAUACGCGCUACAUAACGGUCACGUCGACCCAGAAGAAGUCGUUCUCGACUCCAGAGCCCACCCCGACGAUCGCGGCCACGGAGCCCCUCACCGAAAACCUGCUGGCCAACACGGCGGCGGCUUACGAAACGACUUUGCCCCUCGACUCGGCAGUGGCGACCCUCCCGGCCGUGUCUCUGGAGUCUGGCCAAGCUACCCCGCCCUUGGAGACCCUUACGGAGACGUUCUCCACCACGCAGACCCUCCUGAAGACCCACCUGCUGCCGGUGAUAUACGGCAACAGCACGACCAAGCUAACUCUGGUGCAAACUUACAACAUCGCCCGGGUGGUCACCGCCACGAAGACGCUGCCGCCGAUGGACAUCUAUCAGUUCAUCCCUAGCAAGGCUCUCAACGAGUUCAACUCGAGGCUCGAAGGGGCUGGCAGCGAGCUGCACUUGGAGCUGGACGUCGGCGACGGCGACAGGGACGACGACGACAUUCCGAAGAGGGUGCUGGCGCCCAACGGCGUCGCGGACUCGGAUCUGGAGCCGUUCAAGUCGCUGUCCUCCUCCAAGGUGAGGCCGGAGGCCACCAGCAGCUCCGUAGAGCCGCAGCUGACCCCCGACCAGCUGGCCCUGCUGAAGUACUUCGGGCAACAACAGCAGCCGCAGCAGCAGGUGAUCACCACGUCGCGGCCGGUGGUCGUUCUGGAGACCGUCUACGAGUCCCACGUGAUCCCGGUGGUGAACAACGGGAACACGCUGUACUCGACGCUGUCAAGGCCAGUCGGCACCGUGCCAAGGACGUCCUAUGAAUACGGAACGUCCACCGUGGCGCCUGUUCUGCCGCCGCAAUUGCCGCCGCAGCUGCCACCGCAGCUGCCGCCGCAGCUGCCGCUGUUCCCGCAGCAGCCGCAGUUCACCAUCACCAGCGCACCCCUGGUCACCCAGACCCUGGCCACCGUUUCCGAGUCGAAGGUGCUGAAGCUGACCUUCGGGGCCAAGACCGCGUACACCACCCUGUUCUCCAGUCGCGUGGUGCCCACCGAGGUCACCACUUACGUCACCACCACCCUGCCAGUGCAGCCCACCGUACCCGCUUUCCCCGGGUACUAUCAUCCGCCGCCAGUCGCCUAUCCGCCUUUUCCAUUCGUAGGGUAAGGGGCUAGGUUCUGUACGAUGUAUUAUACUCUUCGUGGUACGGUCGAUGUUAUACCAAAAUUGACGGCGGUGACGG